GUCAUGUAAAGAGUCUCGAGCGACCGCGGGAACUCAACGUAUUUUCUGACUUACGAAUUGGCGGGAAAUAUUACGCGCCAAUUUGAGAGAAAACUUUUUUAAAUAAAAAAUAACAUUUUCAAUUAAGUAUUUACUAUGAAUACAAGUUAAUGAAUUGCAUAAAUUUUAGCGCAAUUGAAAAUUAGUUUCGUUUGAUUAGUGAAGUUGACAUAGACGUGAGACUAUGGUGCAAAGGACCGAAGUUCGUGUUUGUUAAAAUGAGGUUUUUGUUAUUUUUAAUUUUGGCGCGGUAUGGUGUUCUAUGCGAAGAUGACAGUAACUAUUAUGUCAUCGAGGUCCCAGACCCGCUCAAGGACUAUCAAAAGACCUUCAAAGUAUAUUGGAAUGUGCCGACAAUGCAAUGCAAAUCGAAAAAAAUACCGUUCGACGGUCUAUACGAGAAGUACGGAAUAAUACAGAAUAAAGAUGACGAUUUUUUAGGCGAGAGCGUCGCCAUUUUGUAUGACCCUGGAAAGUUUCCCGCGCUUUUCGAGACUGACAGCAGUGGAAAGUACGUUGAGCGUAAUGGUGGCGUACCACAAGACGGUAAUAUGGAAGAGCACGUGGACGCGUUCAAGGAUACAGUCUCAAAGAGGAUACCUGACCCAGAUUUUAAUGGCAUUGCCAUAAUCGACUUCGAGUCUUGGCGUCCAGUGUUUCGACAAAAUUUCGGCGUACUGUCAGUCUAUAAAGACAUCUCCUACAAGAAGGAAUAUGACAAGCAUUGGUGGUGGCCUGAGAGCUGGGUCACUUCUGAGGCAAAAUAUCGUUUUGAAUCAUCGGCUCGUGAGUUUAUGCAGACGACGAUUUCCAUCGCCAAGCAGAUGAGGCCUAAAGCCCGGUGGGGCUAUUACGGGUUUCCUUACUGCUUCAACAUGGCUGCCAAAAACAUGGCAGAGGAUUGUCCACACAAUGUCAAAGAAGAGAAUAAUCAAAUCUACUGGCUCUGGGCUGAAAGCACUGGCCUCUACCCUUCAAUCUACAGCUCACAGAGCCUGUCAUCGUCGGAACUGGUUUCCCUUAUCAGGGGACGAAUCCGAGAAGCCUCUAGGCUGCAGGUGAAGGGAACCCCGAUACUUCCCUACUUCUGGUAUCGUUACAGAGAUGGAGGGUUCUUGAGAGAGAGAGACCUAUCGAGGGCUCUGGAAACUAUUUAUAACUCGGAGGCCUCCGGUAUUAUUAUUUGGGGAAGUUCGAGCGAUGUCAACACUGUAGAGAAAUGUACAAAACUAAAAGACUACAUACGUGAGACUUUCGGACCGUACGUUGCCAAAUACACUAAAAACAAUCGGAAAGUUCAAAACGACGAAGAAUUCACCCCGAAGCCCGCGAUUGAGGAAAAUUAUUUUUUUCCCCUUCAGGCAAAUAUAGAAAACUUCGCCGAAGAGAGUCAAAGUGAGAGCAAUAUAAUGAAAGAAACUCCAGUAUUAGAUAAAGAAUAUUUAAUUGAUAAUUUAACUAGCAUCAUUUUUAAGGUCGAUGGUGAUAAAGUUAAGGACAAAUACGUUCUAAAUAAUAUUUCGUCUCCAGCGAUGACGGAGGCGACAUCUACUACAGAUCUAAGUAUGACUCAAAUACGUGAGACUAGCGAAGAAUUUACUACAGAAACAUCAAAUACAACUAACAUCUCUUUGGAAUUUAUUUUUUCGUCUGAAAUAACUACUGAAGGUGCGGAAACAACAACCGAAAAAAGUAUAGACGCGUCCGAAGAGAAACUAAUGAUAAACGAUGAAUUUAUCAUUUUAUUCACAAAUCUAUCAUCACAAAUUUUAGACUUUACAACCGAUAAUGUCGAGAAACAUUUAGAUUUAUAUGAACCCAGUACAAGUAGUCGUGAGAGAACGAGUGAGUCGCCAGACUUUUACACUCCGACAGAAUCUGUCGACGAAGUGGUUAGCUAUGUUUAUAAUUCAUAAUUUAUUUAUUUAUUAGGAGAAAUAACACUUUUGUGUUUUUAUUUAUUGUCGUUUAUGCUUUAACUUUUGUCCUCUAUUAUAUAUUGUUUUUUUUUUCAAUAUUUCUUUUGCCUUUUUUUAAAUAAGUACUUCGUAAAUCUCUCCCAUAUCUAAUUUUAAUUCUGAUAUUGACUGUUAGAAAUAAUUACGAAAUUCCGUUAUUAGAUUAAUAGUUAUAGAUCUGUACAUGUCAUUAAAAGUAGGUAUGUAUGUAUGAGUAAACCAAGAAUUGAUCGAAGACAAGAUUGCCCUAAUCUAGCCCGAGGAUCCUAAUUGCUGAGCUGAGAAGUGAGAGGCACUAAUUCUCUUAUUUCGCCGCAUUGAUGACUAUCGGCACUGAUUCCACAGCCAGUAACACUUUGAUGUUAUUCUACUGCUAUAUAUUAUUAGACUCUGGUUCGCAUGAACCCUACUUAUUUAUGAUCUAUGUCUAUGAAGAUGCUUGUGUUAUUUUUUGUAAUACUUAUUUGAUUGUGUGAAUAUGCAAAGUACCUUUUAGAUUUUUAUUAUAAAACGUUUUGUUUAGGAUGACAAAUGUAUAUUAUUUAAGGUGUCUUUUUGGUUUAAAAAAUAAGGCUUUUGGAGUUGGAAUCCUCGAAAUCCCCAAAUGUACAUUAUUGGGAAGUGUAAUUAAAAUUUGCUUAGUAUUUUGAUAAGGGAUUUUCUAACUUUGAAGGCACUUACGCGCCGCACACUAUUAAGGUAUUCAUGCGACCUGAUGAUUUAUCUUUGAACACGCACAAUACACAUCAUGUCCAACGUUAUCAAUAAAUUUCGCCAAAUAAAAAUUCUUGGGAGUGUAGACAAGAUUUACAUACUACUGUUAAGGCAUCUUGACCUUGGGAUCACUCGAACGGGAUCACAAGCGUUGGAUGUAGUUAACGUCUCGUCUUGUUUCGUCUAUUGCACACUAGAUGGCGCGGGCACAGCGAGAGACUGACUAAUGAAGAUGGAAAGAAAAAUAAUAGCAAGCCAGAACAGUAGUACCUAUGUAAUGUAUUAGUCUUUAUAAUAUGUAAAAAUUUUAAGCCUUUAGAAAUAAUACUGCCUAUUUAACAUUUUUUUUAUUCGUAAUGUGUGUGAUGAUAAAUAAUACAUUAAUUGUAAAAUGGCGUCUAGGUCAGUAACAUAGUUGUGAACAAUAAAAUGUUGUACAAAUUU